GGGGGGGGGAGGGGGGAUUUUAAAUAGCCCCAUUUGAUAUAUGUGCCGAUACGUGAGCACAUCCGUCCGUCGUGCGGUGCUUCUCGCGCAUGGGUGAUAUGUUAUUGGAGAUGGAGCAGCAUUCGGGCCUGAUAUCCCUGAGCAUGUCGCCGUUCCACCUGAGUCCGCAGGGCAGCCCGCAAGCCGCCGGGCAGCAGCCCCCGCAGCAACAGCCGCAGCCGCAUUACGGCUCGUCGGCAUAUAGCAGUUGCGCGCAGAGCUCGCCAUCGCCCAUGUGCCAUCAGCCGCAGUCUCAAUCACAGCAGCAGCAGCAACAACAGCAACAAAUGUCGGUUCACAAUCAGGCUGGACAGUCGCAGGGUAUGUCCAGUUUCGAGGCCGCCUUCUUCGACUCCGCCCCUCUCGAAGAUCUUCGGUGCCCCAUGUGCGGUCACAAGAACAUAUCCAACUAUCAGCUCGGUCUGCAAGGUCUGCUCACGUGUGAGAACUGUAAAAAUUUCUUCAAGCGCAACGGUUCACCGUGCAGCAACAAAAAGGUCUACACGUGUCUUUUUCCUCAAACGGGGAGUAACGGCGGCGGCGGUGGCAACGGCGGCGGUACUGCCGGAGGUGGUGGUCCAGGCUCGGCUAACGCCACGGUCAGCGGCGGAGGACCGGCCACCGCCACGGGAAGUGGCAACGUUGCCGCCGGUGCGGUCCCGACCGGCGUCGGUACCUUGUGCCAUCCUGGACUGGGUCAGGUCGGCAUCGUCACCGGCUCGAUACCCUGCCCGUCCGAUUUCCCGGACACUAAGGAUAUCAUCAUCGAGGAGCUGUGCCCCGUCUGCGGCGACAAGGUGUCCGGUUAUCACUACGGUUUACUCACCUGUGAGUCCUGUAAAGGAUUCUUCAAGCGCACCGUCCAGAAUAAGAAGGUCUACACGUGCGUCGCUGAGAGGUCCUGUCACAUCGACAAGACGCAGCGGAAACGGUGUCCCUACUGCCGCUUUCAGAAGUGCCUCGAGGUCGGCAUGAAGCUCGAAGCUGUACGGGCGGACAGAAUGCGAGGCGGUAGAAACAAAUUCGGGCCCAUGUACAAGAGGGAUAGGGCGCGGAAGCUGCAACUUAUACGUCAACGGCAACUGGCGAUCCAGACGAUACGCGGGAGCCUCGGCGACCCGAACAGCUAUUCGACCGCGGUCGCGCCCUUGAUGCACAUCAAGCAGGAGAUCCAAAUACCUCAGGUCUCGAGUCUGACCUCGUCACCGGACUCGAUUGGCGGCGGCGGCGGCGGCGGCGGUGGCGGUGGAGGCGGAGGCGGGGGCGGUGGCAAUCACUUGCACAAUCUCAACCCAGGUCUGGACAGCAGACUCUGGGCCGCCAACUCAACUACCCCCGGCACCAAGGUCUUUAACUUCGGCGAGCAAUCCGUGCAGCCACAUGGCGGUGGGGUGCCGAGCUACGCGUCCAACCCCGUUGUCGCUCUUAAGACACUUAGUCCGAUGAUAAGGGAGUUUCUGUCGUCGAUCGACGACCGCGAGUGGCAAACGUCUCUCUUCGGACUGUUGCAAAGCCAAACGUAUAAUCAGUGUGAAGUGGACUUGUUUGAAUUAAUGUGCAAAGUGCUCGAUCAAAAUUUGUUUUCGCAGGUAGACUGGGCUAGAAAUUCGACGUUCUUCAAAGAUCUCAAGGUUGACGAUCAAAUGAAGUUACUACAACACUCUUGGUCGGAUAUGUUGGUGCUAGAUCACCUUCAUCACAGGUUACACAAUAAUCUACCCGACGAGACGACACUUCACAAUGGCCAAAAGUUUGAUCUUCUCUGUCUCGGCCUACUCGGAGUUCCUUCCUUGGCCGAAACCUUCAGGGAACUAUCCAAGACACUUCAAGAACUAAAAUUCGACGUUCCCGAGUAUAUAUGCAUGAAAUUCCUAAUGCUGCUGAAUCACGAUGUCCGUGGACUAGUGAACAAGAAACAUGUGCAAGAAGGUCACGAGCAGGUUCAACAGGCGCUUAUGGAAUACACGCUAAGCCAUCACCCAUCUGUACUGGAUAAAUUUAAUAAGCUGUUAGCAGUAUUACCGGACAUUCACGAAGUGGCAACCAAGGGAGAAGAGCAUCUUUAUCAGAAACAUUGUAGUGGAAGCGCACCAACGCAAACGCUUCUCAUGGAAAUGCUUCACGCCAAGAGGAAAUGAAACGAUCAGUUUUACUUGGUAAUCUUUGCCAUCGAAUAAGAAAAAAGCCCGUUAAUAUAUACAUACAUAAUACAUAUCUAUAUAUAUGUAUGUAUAUAUAUAUGUGCGUGUAUGUAUGUAUAUGUGUAUCUCGAAAGUCCUGUUAAUGCCCCUAAUCGUGAGACAGAGUGGACCUCAAAGUACCUAUUAAGAGCUAAAUGCUGCUAAGGUAUCGGACCAAGUAAAGGGGCCCUGGUUCAUGAAAUACCUGUGCAUACAAAUCAAGUAUAGACGUACAUUAUUUUACACACACACACACACACACACAACAUAUACAUAGAAUAUAUGUAUUAUAAAGUGUAUCUAAAUAUAUAAACACAAUGACAUAUAUUUUCUAUAUUUGAUGUUGAAGUUUUAGAGAUGUAUCCGUGGGGAAAAUUACCCCUAAUUAAUGGGUAUAAGCGCAGGGAAACAGUAAGCAAGAUGCCUUGAAAACAGUACAAAGGGUGGUUAACAAAAAAUAUUGGUCGAAGGGCAGGCAACUUUUGUCUAAAUAAGUAAAGCUAUUUUUCUAAUACUUAGAGGCGAAUUUAUUUUUAAGCAUACCACACUGAAGCCUUGCUCUCACUCGAAUGAAAUAUAUCGUACUGCUAAAAGAGAAUCAAAUUCUCUCUCCAGAUCAAUCGUGCUUCUGCAAGGGAUUCAAUGGGCAUACUUGAAUGACAAUGAACUUGCAUGUGAUAUACAUAUAUGUUUGUCGCACGGCCACCUGGGCAUCCUUAGAAUUUCCUAUAAAGAAAAAAAUAUGCAUUUUUCUCACACUUGCACUCAGCGGGGCUACUAUAUUGUAAAUACUAGUUAACAUUCCAAUUAUGUUGUAAAGUACAGAUCAUGUUAAAUAUGUAAUUACAAUAUUUUGUGUAUAGUUGAAUAAUGAAAUGAAUAAAUAUAUUUCUGUUGCUUACUUGAGGAAAAUCAUUAGCUACUUAAUGUCUUCACUAAUUUUAGGAUCUUAUUCAUGUAUUUUUCUUUAUUACUUCUCAAAUAGGUGGCGGAAAGGAAUAACUACAAAUUGCGAUAUUUUACUAUUGUAUGUUGUAUCAUAAUAAAGAUUCUGUUUAAGAAAUAAAAGAAUCAUUGGAGCAAGGUUUAUGUGGUCCUAUAUUGUCUAGCGAUUAAUUCUAAAUGCAUAAGAUAAUAUUAAACGUAUCGCAGUUGUUAAAUAGAAAAGAAUAUUUAGUAAGUGUUAAGAUAGUGAUCGAAAGUAGUAAUUUUUUCACUAAUAGAUUAUUAUUAAUUUUAUUAAUUAUUACUAUUAUUAUUAUAUUGUUUAGCCAAUAGUCAAAGAAAUUCUUCAGUGCUGUGAAGGUUGUCUUUUUGACGCCUGUGGUAUUUGAAGCCAUUGGAAAUUACAUAUUGUGUCAGAUGCAAAGUUAAACGUGACAACAGAGACAGAAAUCUUUUCUUGCAUUGGUAAAUUGGUAGUAUUAUCCGUUACGAUUCCUCUUGUAUUUAUUCAUGUAUCGAACACGUACCUGCUGCAAAAAAGGCUAUUUUACUACUUUCACUUUUUCCACCGAUCUUUCAAUAUAAUUAACUAGGUGUAAAGUGCUUGUCGGAAAGCACGAGAAACUUGAUGUCUCAUGUUAGAUUAAGACUCGAGUGUUAAAUCAAAUCAAGGGGAACGCAGUAACGAUCAUUAUUACCAAUGAAAUCAAAUAUUUUCUUGAGAAUAACGCAUGUACUUAUCGCGUGAGCAAAGAUUUGUGUCCACCUGUCAGAUUUGACCUUAUACGUCGAUAUAAAAUAUGCUAAUGUUCCCAAAUUUUCAAAUCGUCCGGUUUUUUAUGUUAAACACGAAAUUGAAAGCAGCCUAGACUUAUCAUUAUUCUCAUUUUUAAUAAUGUUUCUUAUUUGAAAAGAAAGAAAAUUAUUUUUAUUUAACUCACGACACGAAUGACUACCUCUUCAUAUCUGUAUUAAGUUUUUAUAUUUUUACAUUUUUAGUAACCACAUACCUCAGAAUAUAGACGCCCAGAUAGCAAUUUGAAUGGAAUGAAUGAAUGUAACAUGCAUAAAUAAAUAUUUUAAUUCGUGUAGUGUGUAUAAUUACACGUUAAGAAAUUACGAUGUAAUACAACUUAUUAAAAGUAUCGUACCUAUUGUAUGUCCACACGUUAUUAGAUCUUAGUUAAUUAUUACUAUUGUAUUUUCUGCAAAUUAGUUUAUAAUUCUGUCUGUCAUUUACCGUAUAUUAGUUACUGCUGUUUCACAACUGAAAAAUAUCGCUUUAAAUCAUUGCUGUUUGGGUAAGACAAGUUCACGCUACCGUUUAUUUAUUGUAUCGUCUUCUUUCCUCUCAGAGACCUCCUGCUGAACGUGUCGGUCUGAUAAUUUUGGAACAAGUCGUAUUAAUCGCAAACAUAUGUU